AAACCUGACCUCACCCGGAAAAAAAAUGAUGGCCACCCCACAAAGCCAUGGGUUCAGGCACCUGGCCAACGCUGGCCCGUGGCUCCGUGGUCGCGGCUGCACCUUCUCUAUUGCCAGUCUUGCUUCUUCCUCUGCUUUCACUCAACACCCACAACAAUCCCAAUCCCAAGACAACAACAAGAGCGAGGAAAGCAGCAAAAAACAUCAAGGCGUUGUUGACAGUAGAAGCACUGAUAGCAAGUCGGGUUCGUACUUUCCCAAAAGAGGCCAAACUCUGGAGUUGGUUUGCGAGCGUUUGGCGUUCAAGGGAAAGGGUCUGUGCAAAGUGACAGACACUGGGUUUGUUGUCAUGUGUGAUCAUGCACUCCCUGGUGAGCGCUUUAUUGGACGCGUUACCCGCAGAAAGGGUAAUUAUGCUGAGGUAAAUAAGGUGAAAACGUUAUCUCCUCAUUGGGAUAUAGUAAAUGCUCCUUGUGAGUAUGCUGCAUAUUGUGGUGGUUGUAAAACUCAAAAUCUGGCUUAUAAGGCUCAGCUCAGAGCUAAGGAACAACAAGUGCAUGAAUUGGUUAUUCAUGUUGGAAAAUUCUCUGAUAAAGAUCCAGAAUUUAGCAGCAUCAUGAAGCCUAUAGUCGCAUGUGAUAUGCAAUUUCAUUAUCGAAAUAAGAUGGAGUUCUCUUUUGGUCCUCAAAGAUGGCUACCAAAAGAACUAUUAAAUGAAAAGCAGGAUACUAAUGAGAACUACGCAUUAGGUCUGCAUGCACCUGGAUUUUUUGACAAGGUUCUUAAUGUCAACAAGUGCUUAUUACAAAGUGAUCCUGCAAAUAUGGUAUGCUGUUUCAUUAUCAAUUUUAGUAUGUAUAAUGCUCACUCUCAUUCUGGAUUUCUUAAGCAUCUAAUGCUAAAAACUGGAAGGGAUGUGAAGACUGGUUUGCCAGAACUUAUGGUUAAUUUUGUGACCUCAUCCUACAAGCCAGAGCUGCUGAAGCCUCUAGUUGACAAAAUUUCAACUAUUCCUGGAGUGGUAAGUGUCAUGAAUAAUGUGAAUACUUCAGUUGGUAACACAUCUGUUGGAGAGGAGGAAUAUAUUUUACACGGGAAAUCUACCAUCACGGAGACCUUAAGAGGUCUUACGUUUCAAAUUUCAGCCAACUCCUUUUUCCAAACAAAUACUCACCAGGCAGAAGUUUUAUAUAAACUCAUUGAAGAGUGUGCUGGUCUCAGAGGAGAUGGUUCAGAAACUGUUCUUGACCUUUUCUGUGGAACUGGUACCAUCGGUCUGACACUUGCCAGAAGGGUUAAACAGGUUUUUGGCUACGAAGUAGUUCCUCAAGCUAUCUUGGAUGCUCAGCAAAAUGCUAAGCUGAAUGGCAUAAAUAAUGCAAUUUUUGUACAAGGGGAUCUUAAUAAAAUAGGCGAAAAUUUUGGCAAUGAUUUUUCAAAGCCUGAUAUCGUCAUUUCAGAUCCCAAUCGACCUGGUAUGCACUUGAAGCUGAUUAAAUUUUUGUUAAAGCUCAAGGCCCCACACAUCGUUUAUAUAUCUUGUAAUCCUGCAACAUGUGCACGUGAUCUUGAUUACCUUUGUCAUGGUCUGAUUGACCAAGAUAUUAAAGGUUGUUACAAACUUAAAAGCAUACAGCCAGUCGAUAUGUUCCCUCACACUCCUCAUAUUGAGUGUGUUUGCUUGUUAGAGCUUCGUUGACUACCUUGUUCCCAUACUUGUCACUGUUGAGGUUUAAAUGGUCCAUCACUCUGUAGUAGUAUCUGAAGAUCAGAAGCAUCCAGCAUCCAUAUCUUUCUGGAUGAAAUGAAGUCAGCUCCUUUUUCACUGCUGAGGUUUGAAGGAUUUCCUUUCUUCCUCUUUGAAUGUUGCAAUCUGAAAAUAUAAGGUUCUCUGUAAACACCAGUGCUUGACAUGUUCAGCAGCCAAUACUGGAUCAAAAAGAAAGAAGCAGAUAUUCUGGAAGGAUUUUUAGCUACAAAACAGGGAACCUGUAUGUGACAGAACAUCUGAGUAGGAAAGUUCUUUAUUCUUUAUAUUGGCAUUUCUCAUAUACCUUUUGUUGAAUAGUAUGUAUUCUUUUCUCUCUUCUUGGGAAUCCUUAAAAUUAGAUUAGUACAAUAUGAUUUGUUUCGGUUCCUAGUAA